AUGAAGUUAAUUAAUUCCAUUCCUAUACUUGCCAGUAUUUUACCAGUUGCAUUGAGUAGCGAUGUCACAAUGAAUGCCAUUGUUAAGGCAAAGGCGAACACAGUGACCGAUUUGUCUAUUAGAAGCCAAGCUGCUGCUGAAGAUGUAGGAUUUGUAUAUGCAUUUAUUAAUGAUUUCAAUACAAGAAUGGCGGAUUACACAUCAUAUAUGCAGGAUAACGAUAUGCAAUUGCCUCAAGGCCUUGCCAAUUACUAUUAUCAUCUUGCCACUGAGCCAGAAGAUCUGAAUUUGCAAUCUGACAUAGCAGCCACUUUUCCGUUUACAGAAUUCAAUACAUUUAUUACCAAAUUCCCUUGGUAUUCGACAUUACUGAGUGAAGGUUCAGUAACAACCUUUUAUUUGCCAGAACUUUUUUUGACUGCUGCUACUGUAGAUUCUUUGACAAAUACCCAAUCAAGCACCACGACAUCAGAAUCUUCUCCAAGUAGCUCGUUAUACUACCCAACUUCAACUAUAUUUGAAUCUGACCAUUCUAUUUCUUCUGCUCUUGGAUCUUCUAAGCAUAAUUCUUCGAGUACUACCAUUUCUUCAAAAUCUACAAUUGAGACAUCAUAUAUGACAUCUAAUAUACAAUCAUCUUCAGCAUCUAUCUCUAAGAAUUCCUCAACCAGUAGCUCCCAAUCGGUUUAUACUUCUCAUAACGGUGCUAACCAAAUGCAUUUCGUAUUUCCAUUAGUCUUUGGAGCUUUUGGUGCAUUGUUAUUAUAA